GACAAACCGCAAGCGGAAGAGUCAAAGUUCAGGAGCUAGAGGCAGCCGGGAGCCUGGGAAAUGGAAUACCCCUACACAACCAAGAUGCUGCCUUCCUCUCUGAGCCUGCAAAACGGCACCUGGUCAGACACCGUCUCUCUGCUCUUAGCUCUUGGCGUUGCUCUCUACUUGGGCUACUACUGGGCAUGUGUGCCCCAGAGGCCUCGUCUGGUGGCUGGGCCCCAGUUUCUGGCCUUCCUGGAGCAACACUGUCCAGUCACUGUGGAGACUUUCUACCCCACACUGUGGUGCUUUGAGGGACGGCUGCAAACCAUCUUUCGAGUCCUCCUGCAGUCUCAGCCCGUGGUCCCUUACCGGAGCGAAGUCCUCCAGACCCCAGAUGGAGGCCAGUUCCUUCUAGACUGGGCUGAGCGGUCUAACAGCACUCAUUACCAGGACCCUACCACCCAGCCCAUAGUACUGCUGCUUCCGGGCAUCAGCGGCAGCAGCCAGGAGCCGUACAUCUUACACCUAGCUGACCAAGCUCUGAAGGAUGGCUAUAGGGCUGUUGUAUUUAAUAACCGAGGAUGCCGAGGGGAAGAGCUGCUGACUCACAGGGCUUACUGUGCCAGCAACACUGAAGAUCUAGAAAUAGUUGUGAAGCACAUAAAACGCCGCUACUCCCAAGCUCCGCUGCUGGCUGUGGGCAUCUCUUUUGGAGGGAUACUGGUGCUUAACUAUCUGGCCCGGACCGGGAAGGCCGGAGGCUUGGUCGCGGGACUGACCAUGUCUGCAUGUUGGGAUUCCUUUGAGACCGUUGACUCCUUGGAGACCCCACUCAACUCACUGCUCUUCAAUCAGCCACUCACUGCUGGACUCUGCCGGCUUGUGGCCAGGAACAGAAAGCCAAUUGAAAAGGUGUUGGAUGUAGACUUUGCGAUAAAGGCCCGCACGAUCCGCCAGCUGGAUGAGCGCUACACGUCUGUGGCUUUUGGGUAUGAAGACUGUGCGGCUUAUUACCAAGCGGCAAGCCCAAGGACCAAGGUGGACGCCAUCCACACCCCUGUGCUCUGCCUCAAUGCAGCAGACGACCCCUUCUCCCCAGUCCACGCCUUCCCUCUGCAGGCUGCCCAGAAGUCUCCCUAUGUGGCCCUGCUCAUCACAGCUCGGGGUGGCCACAUUGGCUUCCUGGAAGGGCUGCUGCCCUGGCAACACUGUUACAUGAACCGCGUGCUACAUCAGUAUGCCCGAGCCAUCUUCCAGCACUCAGUGGGGCUACCUGACCCGGGAGUACUCACUCCUGAAGAUAGAAAGAGCUGACAAGAGGACUGCUGGGCUCUCAGUUCAAUUGUUCUCUCUUUAUUAAAUAUCAACUCUUCCUGCCUAA